UCGGUUUGGUUUUUAGCCUUCAGUUGCGUAUUCUGUCCUCUCGUUUGUUUGUAUCGCUGUUAGUUUCCGCCGAGAAAAAUUCUGUAAAUUAUUUCUCAAAUUCCUUUUUCUCUUUUUAUUGACAAGUUCUGUCGGAUUUCCUCACUUGUUUUAUACUCCGAUCAUCAAAUUAACGAGAAACCAUGGGUUCUGAACAGAAUGAAGGAACUAGCUUUCCGCCAUCCGAGCCAAAGCUUUGCGCAAACGGUUGCGGGUUUUUCGGCACGGCGGCGAAUAUGAACCUUUGUUCCAAGUGUUAUCGGGACCUCCGUGCCGGGGAGGAGCAAGCUGCGCAGGUGAAAGUUGCCAUGGAGAAGUCCCUCCGAGUCAAAACGAACAAGGAAGAUGAGGCUGCGGAGACGUUGACGCAUGUUCUUGAGGUGUCUCGUGCGGGUUCAUCUUCGGCCGUGGUCGAGCAACAACCUGCUACAGUUUUCGCCGAUGAAAAACCUACAGAGCCGAAGUCGGCGAACAGGUGCUCUGUCUGCAGAAAGAAAGUUGGAUUGACCGGAUUUAAGUGCAGGUGUGAAAGUACAUUCUGCGGCGAGCAUCGGUACCCGGAGAAACACGAGUGCUCGUUUGAUUUCAAAGGUGUUGGACAUGAGGCGAUUGCGAAGGCGAAUCCGAUCAUCAAAGCCGACAAGGUGGGGAGGUUUUGAAUCAAGUGUGGGAGAUUUUGUGGUUCUUGAAUGGAUUUGGAAAAAUCGUUUUGAUGUUGCUGACACUGUUUGAAUCCACAUUAGGAAACAGUUUAUCAAUGAAUGUUUAGUUUUCAGUUUUAA